AUUUGACAGUUGACAUCCAAAACAUAACCAAUAUAAUAAUUAUAACUUUUUUUUGCAGUUGAAAACGUGUAGAUAAACUAGUAAGAUUUUUUAAAAUUUUAUUCAUUUCUUCAAUUAUGGCUGGUAUAAAAUCCAAAAAUAAACUUAUUAAACAGAAAAAAGUUUCCAAGCAAUCAAAAAUCAAAACACCUUUGAAAUACCCGAUAAAACUUUCCACUAAGAAUAAGAAAACAACUUUACGAAAACCAGUCGACAAUCUAGAUGAAUUCGUUGACGAAUUUAAAAAUGAUAGCUCAAAUACUGAUAGUGAACUGGACAUGGAUAAAGAACUUAGCGAAAAUGGGGAAGAUAUUCUUGGUAUUAAAAGUGAUGAAGAGGAUGUUGUCGAGGAAGAAUCUGCUGAGAAACAUAAAAGAGAUUUGGAAAAAUUGAAACAUAGCGAUCCUGAAUUUUAUAAAUUUUUACAAGAAAAUGAUAAGAAACUUUUAGAAUUCAAUUUAUCCGAUGAAGAUGAUGACAAGGAUGAAACUGAAGAUGAUAUCCAUAAACCUACAGAUAAAUUGUCAGUAGGAAGUGAUGAAAGUGACUUUGAGGAUGAAGAUCAAGAAAAACCAAAGGAUCCAAGAAUAAUCACUCUUAAAGUAUUAAAAUCAUGGCAGGCUGAAAUUCAGUUAGAUAAGACUAAUAAAACAAUUAUAGCAGUUAUGCAAGCAUUUAGUGCAGCAUUGAGAACAGUUUCAAAUGAUGGAGAUCAAGAAGCAGGUUAUUACAAAGUAGAAGGUUCUGCUGUUUUUAAUGGGGUUAUACAAUUGUGUGUACUUGAGUUGGGUCCAGCAAUAAGACGAUUUCUUAGACUUCAACCGGGAUCUAAACAGCCACCACAUAAGUGUAAAAAGUUUAUCAAGAUAAAAAAAAGUUUAAAAUCCUAUUUUAGUGAUAUCUUGAAGCUAUUGAAAGGAGUAUCAUCAUCAAACAUUCAUACAGUUCUAUUAAAACAUUUGCAUUAUAUGUCAACACUUCUGACCUCUUAUCCAAACAUAACUAAAUCUUUAGUAAAACAUCUUGUACAAUUAUGGGGAACUAAAGAGGAUUCUGUAAGAGUGAUGGCAUUUUUCUGUAUAUUAAGAAUAACCAAUAAUCAGCAAGCCUUUAUCCUUGACACAGUCUUGAAAUCAAUGUAUAUGACUUACGUUAAAAAUUCGAAAUUUGUCAGUUUUAAAAAUCUGCCUGUUAUAAACUUCAUGCGAAGAUCUUUAGUAGAAAUGUAUGCAUUGGAUGUGAACUUUGCAUAUAAACAUGUUUUCCUAUAUAUAAGACAGUUAGCCAUACACUUGAGAAAUGCCAUAACAAUUAAUAAAAAAGAAAAUGUGCAGGCCGUUUACAAUUGGCAGUUUAUAAAUUCACUGAAACUGUGGGGUUGCUUUUUAGCAGUCACAUUCAAUAAAAAAAUAAUGCAACAAUUGAUUUAUCCGUUUGUACAGAUUUGUAUUGGAUCAAUUAAAUUGGUGCCUACAGCACAGUAUUACCCUUUAAGAUUCCAUAUUGUACAAAUCUUGAUAGAUCUAUCAAAGGAUACAGGCGUUUUUAUACCCAUUUUACCAUUUUUAUUGGAGGUAUUAACCACACAAGAUUUUAAUAAGAAACAUAAAAGAGUAUCAAUGAAACCACUACAAUUUACUUGUCUGUUGAGACUGUCAAAAUCCCAAUUGCAAGAAAAUGGUUUCAAAGAUACAGUCAUAGAAACUAUUUAUGGACUGCUUCUGGAAUAUCUAAGUUCACAAUCACAUACGCUGGGAUUUCCUGAUAUGAGUCUUAUUUCUGUUAUACAGAUUAAAAAGUUCAUAAAAACGUGCAAAAACCCAAAUUACUUUAGAAAAUUUAAACAAAUAUUAGAAAAAAUAGAACAGAACUCCAAGUAUAUAGAAAAUGGAAGAGCUAAACUGAAUCUGAACCUAAAUGAUUUUAAAUUGAUUGAAGGAUGGGAAGCACAAAUUAAAGAGAAGAAACCUCCUUUGACUGUAUAUUACGAAAGCUGGCAAAAACUAACAAUUGUUAAGAAGAACAAACAGAUGACUAAAAAUGAUGAAUUGGCAGAUUAUAAAUUGCCCACUCUUAAAAAAACACAGAAAGAAGCGAAAAAGAAUGAAGGUCCAGUAGAAUUGUUUCCUAGUGAUUCAGAAGAGGAAACAUCUGAGAAGCGCAAGAGAGGUAAGAGAGGAGGAAAGAAACAUAAAAAAUCGAGUGAAAUUAAUGCAAUGGAUGAGGAUGACGGUAUCAAUGAAAAAGAUAUUGUUGAAGAUAUUCAAGAGGACGAUUGGUAAUCUGUUUAAAUGAAGUUUCAAGUUUUGUAAAUAUAAUUUUAUAUUAAUGAAUUGUUUUACUGAAUAAAUUAAUUACUUCAAUUAA